AUGCGCCCGAAUCUCACCACAGGCCACAAUGAGGAGCAAACACCUAUCGAUCUUGCGGCCAAGAAUGGCCAUAUUGAUGUUGUCCGCAUGUUAUCCGACUCGGGGAGCCCGAUUAAUGCACAGGACGGGAACGGGGCAACGCCUCUCGCGUUUUCGGCGUGGAAUGGCCACCUGGAUAUCGUGCAAUUCCUGCUCUCUCGCCGAACAGACCCUAAAAUUGCUACGGAGCACGCGGGGACGUCACUCUGCAUGGCAUCUCAUUCCGGUAACAUCGACGUCGCUGUCCUCCUGUGUGUCGCCGCGCCAACCAGCCGCAUCACCCUCCUCACCGAGCUCCUAACAAAACAAAACUACGACCCCAACAUGCGCGUCGCUGUCGAUACACGUAUCCACAUCUUUCUCCCCUACAAUUCCUUCCACCCGCCGAGAACAGCCCUCAGUUGGGCCGCAGAACGCAACCAAACUGCCGCAAUCGACAUCCUCAUUUCCCACGGGGCAAUCAUCACCCCACCAAUCUACAUGUCCCCUGACAACAACGGAGCAAACACUGAAACCUCCGUUCUCAUCCGUGCAAUCCAUGAAGGCCACAUAGAAGCGGUCACGACUCUUCUCGCCCACGGCGCCAAUCCAAAGCACCCCCAGCGAAGCCCUAUUGACUGCCAUCACCAACCCGCCGACCCAACCGACUCCCUCCCCAAAUCUAAUCUCCUUAUCCACGCCCUCUAUUCCGGCAAUGUCGACACCCUCCGAAUCCUCCUCGACCACCCCAAUGGAACAGAGCUAGUAAUGCACUCAAUACCCGCAGAAAACCAAAUCGGAGCGAAACCCACCCCGCUCUUUUACGUUGCCCUCUACGGCGGCGAGGGAGUUUUCCGUCUCCUCCUCGACCGGGGUUUACCGAUCGGCGAUGCUGGGAUCGUCCCAAUCGGGCGGACCCCAAUACGGAAGAGCCCCUUCGAGCUAACUACACCUGAAUAUCUCUUCGUGCACAUCGCAGCGCAGUGCCUUACUCUUGCGGCGCAUGGCGGGAUUCGGCUUGUGCGUCUACUUCUAGACAUGGGCGUCAAUGUCCAUGCGGAUUUUAUUGCAGGGUAUCUGGUUAAUUUGGCCGCGACACUCGAGGAAGACCCCGAGGAAUUGCUUGACUUCCUCUUAGCAAGGGGAUGUGUUACGAGUCAGCCUACCCUAUAUAUAUAUAUGCGAGUGGAAUUCCAGGAAGUGUCCUGGGAUUCUGGUCUUUUGCUCCUAGCGCAGCGGGUUAACCUUUGGAACGCAUCCCAAAUGGGUGGCACUCGGACUGCAUUCUACCUGGCUGCGUAUAACGGCGAUAAGAACGUUAUGCGCCGCCUCUUGGAGCGAGGGGCGGAUCCGCUAGUUGUUUGGCAGGGUGAUGUAGCGUUGUCGGUUGUGGCGAAGUUCCAGGAUGCGGGUGCUGUGGAGGUUGUUCUGAGGGCUUUUGAUGAGAGGGGAUUGAGUUUGGGUGAAGUAGAGGGGGCGUUGAAACAGGCCCAGGAGUAUGCGUUGGCGGAUGACCGGGCAAAUAUCGCUAGGGUAUUGCAUCGGUUCUAUUGGCGGAGGCGGUAUCCGUUGAGUCCUUGA